CCCGCAGUCGCUCGCCUGUGCGUCACUGGCUGCCCUCUGUCACACAGCGCAGAGCUCUGCAGGGGAAGAGAAACACACAGAGAGAGAGAAACAGAGGGACAUUCAUCAAAAUUACUUCAAUAUCGUUGUUAUACUGUUAUCUCGUGACUGAAGAUGGCGGCAACUCUGGCUCGUAAAGCUGUGGAACAGCUCCGCAGUAAAGAGUUCAGAGAUUAUCUCACGAGGUCACAUUUCUGGGGUCCGGUGGCAAACUGGGGUCUGCCUAUCGCUGCUAUCAAUGAUAUGAAGAAGAGUCCAGAAAUCAUCAGCGGCCGGAUGACCUUUGCUCUCACCUGUUAUUCACUGCUCUUCAUGAGGUUCGCCUACAAGGUACAGCCCAGAAACUGGCUUCUGUUCGCCUGUCACUUGACCAAUGAAACGGCACAGGUCAUCCAGGGCAGCAGACUCAUUAAAUACAACAUGGAGAAGAAGAUGGUCAAGUAGAACCUCAUUGAACAUGACAUGUUUCGGCUACAUCAGAUACAUAAAACACAAAUAAAUAAUUUCUUUCUAAUGUAGAUUAUAUUGAUUUCAUACAAAUUGUUAUCACACAAAUCUUCAUCUGACAGAUUCUGUGUCUGUUACACACAUACAGUAGUAACAGAGUUAACAAGAAUUAACGUUUUUAGGUCAUUUAGAAUUAGUUGGUUUGUGAAAAUAAAAAAUGUAAAUGUG